CAUUAUACGGAGCCAUCGGAGGGGAAAUGCGCCACUCCUGACACUGUCCCCAAUCUAUCGGUUUAAGGCGUUAUAGAUGUAAAGUACCUUCUAACAACACUAACAAAUGACUAAGGUAUCUAUAAAUGACAACAUGCGACCCUUAUCAAUUAAGUUAGUAUCUAGCAAUGAAAACCAGGAAAAGGUAAACAGCCUCCAAGUACCGUACUUUGUAGAUCCCCAACAUCGGCACUCCCACCCACCAACCACAAUCUUCUUCCUCAGCACCCUAAUAUUCAUGCCCAUUUCCAUGUCCAUGUCCAUGGUAAUUAUCGCCAUUUCCCUGUUGGACGGGUUCUCUUCCCCAGACGCUGAAGCUUAUGGCCGCAGGUCUGGUAGCAGGUAUUGGAUGCAGGCACACCAUGACAUCAUUCUGGAGUAUCCCAUACCGAGGUCCACGAUACGAGGCUUCUGCGCAUUCAAUACUCGUGGACUUCGAAGUGUCGGUUGAACUCGACUGUACUGUAGAGAAUAAAUCAGGUUUAUAGACGCAGAAGAAAAUAAGGUAGAGGGAUGUAGCAGUUGCAUCCUUGAUUGCCAUGUGGCAAACAGGCGAUGUCUAGGUCUACAGGAUACUGGCACUAGUUGCAUUGAUUUUCGAAUGUUUAUUCCAUUUAGAUAGUUGUCACUGCAUUCACAUCAUAGCG